CGCAUUCAAAGUAACGAAUUCAAAUAAAAAGUAACGAGUCUUUUCAAAAAGUAGGACUCGUUACAUUUAGUUACUCAUUUGUAACGAUUAUUUUGUAAGCGUUACUUAAUUAUUUUACAUCACUAGUGCUGGGAAAAUAUUCAUCUCUUUUAUAACGAAUCCCACAUUUUCUCUUCCGCUUUUUUAUUCUUUCAUCCUUCACCUGUUUUCUGUUUUGCGUUGUGCACUGCUUUCAUUUCAUAAACAAACUGUGGGCAUUGGGCAAGUGAAAAAUUACCAUUUAUUCUUAUUCAAAGCAAAAUUUUAAGUCACGUUUUAUCUAAGCGUUGCUUUUAUAUAUAUUGCCGGCAAGAAAGAUUUUUAGAUAUUUGUGUUUACGUUCUCACAUACACGGACCUCAGCAGUCGAACCGUGGGAUAGUUCCGCAUUUUUCUUUCAAAGUGGGCUGCAUUUUUCUGUAAACCUCGGGAAAUACUACUUCACUAUAUUGAAAAAAACUGGUAGGUUGUUGAACAUGUGUAUGUAGAUUCUCAUUUAGAAAUCGAGCUAAAACGACGGUGUUCAACAGGAAAAAUCAACAAAAAUGAAAGACGUUAUCGAUGUUAUGGAGCUUCAACGGGAGAAGAUAAAGAAAGUCACGCCAUUGGAUUACAAAAAGUUGGACUUCAAUAAUGGUUUCACACCAGCCAGAUUUAUCUUUGAGUGUGGAGUUAAGCUAAGAGGGCAACCUUUAACUCUAGCUACUGCAGCUGUUAUAAUGCACAGGUUCUUCAGAGAAGUGGAUCCAGCAAACUAUGAUAGCUAUUUGAUUGCAGCUUCAGCUCUCUACCUGGCUGGUAAAGUAAAAGAUGACCCACUUAAGAUCCGAGACAUAAUAAAUGUAGCCCAUAACUCACUGCAUCGUGGUAGCAGCCCACUUGAAAUUGGGGAUGAAUACUGGAAUAUGAGGGAUGCUAUAGUCCAAGCAGAACUACUUAUUAUGAGGGUAUUAAAGUUUGAAGUUGGUACUGUUCAUCCGCAUAAGUUUAUGUUGCAUUAUUUGAAGUCUAUGGAAAGGUGGAUAGGUAAAGAACAGUGGGAGAGCAUUCCUGUAGCAAGGGCGGCUGCAGCAUUCCUUCAGGACUUCCACCAUGACUCCAGCAUCUUAGACUAUGAUCCUCGCCAUGUUGCCAUCGCUUGUAUUUCCCUCGCCCUGCAAUGCUAUGGUGUUCAGUUGCCCUUAAUGGAAGAUACUGAUGAUGAAGUCUGGUACAAUAUUUUCGUCAAAGACUUGCCAAAAGAUAAACAUUGGGAAAUCAUGGAGAAGAUCAUGGAGACUUACAAUCGGGAGCCGGAGCCCAACGCGUGAAUGUCAUCCGAUAUACAUAAUUUCAUCCUUUUCAUGACAUUAUUGAUAUUGAUAGUAUUAUUACCAUCGUUUUCAUAUUCAUUCUAUUGAAUAAUUUUGUAUUAUGCAGUUAAUAAAGCUUAAUUGAACAGUU